AUGGAUUUAAAAGUUGAUCUUGAUUGUAGUUUCACAAUUUCAAACUCAUUCUCUGAGGAUCAUUGGAAAGAGGUAGCAGAUGAGUAUGAUUCUCUCACCUCAACCUCCAAUUCAGAUGUUGAAGAAGAUUCUUCUCCUAAACAUAGCUACAAUAUCAAUCAAGGAAAACGUUUACCUGGAUGGAUUCCAACACAUGAAUCCUCAAGCAAUAAGCUACAGGUGCAAUAUAAGUCUGAUGAAAGCUCAGAUCAUUCAAGUAAUUGUAUCCAGUUGGAAGAAAGAAAUAAUAGUUGUAUUAAAGUACAUAAAUCAGAGAAAGACCCUGGAAUCAAACGCUCAGAAAAAUCAAAGGAAUCAAAAAUUGAAGUCACAAGAAAGGGAUAUGAACAUGAUAAAACAAUUGAGAAUAUAAGAGGUAGACUUGAGAAAGAAAUAGACGAAUAUGUACUCGUACUUAAGAAUAUGAGAGAUGAACAUGAGAAAGAAAGAGAUGAAUAUGAGAAAACAAUUAAGAACAUGAGUGAUAAACAUGAGAAAACAAUUAAGAAUAUGAGAGAUAGACAACUUAAUGAAAUAGAUGAAUAUGAGAAAACAAUUAAGAAUAUGAGUGAUAAAUAUGAGAAAACAAUUAAGAAUAUGAGAGAUAGACAACUUAAUGAAAUAGAUGAAUAUGAGAAAACAAUUAAGAAUAUGAGAGAUGAAUAUCAGAAAAUAAUUAAGAAUAUGAGAGAAAGACAAUAUAAAGAAAUAGAUGAAUAUGAGAAAAAACUUAAGAAUAUGAGAGAAAGACAAAUGAAAGAAAUAGAUGAAUAUUGA